CUCUCCCCCCAACGGUUACGCGCAAGGAUCAUGUGAACGUGCUAUUUCACGACGUGAGGAGCAACUAGAGAACGGCGACUACUAAUUCGUCGAUGGUGUAGGAAAAGAGUCAAGAUAAGAUCAAAUAUAUUAGAAAAAUAGUGUAGUUGACAGUAUAUUUCUGUGGCAGACAAGAAAAUCGUCGAAAAUGAAAGUGUUGUGGGGUUUAAGUACCCUCUUAUUGUGCUUGUACCGAGCCAAUGCCCAGACAGAUCCCUUAAUCGAAGCUCAACCUAUGGAGGUAAACAACCAGACCUCUGCCAUCCUCUCAUGUAAACUGACCGACCCCCCGUCCGCAGUCAAAGGCCACUACUGGAUGAGGAACGGCAAAGUGAUCGAGUCAUCCAAGCAUAACUCGCCAACUCUCUACACCGAGCACACCUUGGCUAAAAUCGAUUCCCAUUCCGGUGGAUUGUAUGAGUGCGUCUUCCUUUCUGAGCCCGAGGUGAAGACAACCAUUGUGGUCAAAACUGUUCCCCAUGUCUCUGCCUACAAACACUCUGAGCAUGGUAACGAGAAGGACAAGGGUGUGCUGGUGUGUGUUAGUCAUGGAUACCCACUGCCCACUGACUGGAAGUGGUACAAACUGGAGGGAGAAGAUAAGACGGCCAUCACCAACGGUACCGACAGGUAUGAGAUCAAGAGCACCCCCAACAGGACCACCCUGACCAUUGACGACUUGGACAUCGCCAUGGACAUAGGCGACUACAUGUGCUACGGCACGAGCGAGGUCGGCUCGACCUCCGACAAGAUCCACCUGCGCGUCCGCAGCCGGCUGGCUGCCCUCUGGCCCUUCCUGGGCAUAGUGGCCGAGGUCAUCAUCCUGGUCAGCAUCAUCUUCAUCUAUGAGAAGAGGAGAAAGCCUGAUGAGAUCAACGACGAUGACGACUCAGGAUCUGCUCCCCUGAAGAGCAAUGCUAACACAAACCACAAGGACAUCAGGCAAAGGAACUCCAACUGAGAGAAGAUGAGAGAUAUCCUGAUGAUGACCUUCCAGGAUCUAUGAGGAGCAUUGGGUUGUUGAGUGUUACAUAAUCUAGUGCACCCUGCGAUUUUUAAACAACAUUUUUGCUUGAGUGUUAAUGUCUUGAGAAAUUGACUGAAUUUCCUCUAGCUUUUCUUCUAUAUUUCUCUCCAUAUUGUGCUGCCUGGGAACAUGGGGCAAAACAUUUUUUGCAUGAUUUUUAUUGCCAUUCUAGAAGUUUGUUCGUAGUGAAAUCCAUUGUAAACGUUUACGUGAGAGUGAUCUAUUGGUGUUUUGUUUGUUUGUGCUUCUAGCUUCCUCCACCGUCUCUCACAAUUCUAAAUCUGUGCUCUUAUAUUUGCAAGCCUGAAAAGCCACAUGAUAAGCAGCAUGGAUCCUACUAGGGAUGUGAAAUGUUUGGACACUGAUAGAUUACUGUAGGUAAAAUAACAGCCGGAAGUCUUUUGACUUCAGACCCUGACCCUACCACAUCACGUAGAUCACCUUUGGCAGAGUUAUACUGUAUGAUGCGCCUUAACACUAAUCUAUUUAUUUUUCCUACACUACUUGAUUUUCUGCUGUUUAAGUUGUAACACUGUAUUUAGUUCCUAAAUUAAACGGCAGGAAGGAGGACUAUUGAAAUGCAACGUGUAUCUAAGAAAUGCAUUGUUCAUGUUUGGAUGGUAAAUCUUUGCUAACAUUUUUAUCCAAGCUUUUUGGUUUUAUUUCUAAUUGAAAUGUUUUAGUAUAGUUUUGAAUUGCCUCUGCUUUUGUUGCCAUAGUCACAUCCAUAUUAAUACUCCCUGAAAAAGGAGAAAGUGUAAGAGAUGUGUAACAUUAGCUUCUUCUGAUCAACCAGAAACUAGAUUUCACACUAAUGUAUAAAUCAGAAUUGAAGGUGAUUAAAUGGGGAGACGGUUUUCUUCUAAGGGUAUGUGGAACCUAAACGUGAUUAAAGCUAAUAAAGCUUCCUUUGUAGACAAUUCAGAAGCCAUAUGUUGCAUUAACCUGAUUAGUAUUGUGAGGGUUGUGUACCAUUUCAGAGUUUAUAAAGUAUGUUAAAAUAUAUGACGUGUGUGUGUGUGUAUAUAUAUAUAUAUAUAUAUAUAUAUAGUGUGUCAAUUAUUUUGCCUAGAAGUAAACAAGCAAGUAUAUUUAACACUGUCAACUGUACCAAAUUGCACAAUCUUAAUAAAGUUAUUUGAUUUUAAGAGA